AUGGAGACCAGCCACACGGUUGCUUCUGAGCAACCACUACAGUUGGAUGACUUACUGAAUCCAUCCCGGUUCGACUGGGCGGAGGAUGUCGAGGAAAGUAUCUACAGUGAACUCUUGGAAUAUGAAUCUUCCCCUGGCACAAUAUAUAGCGACAGUUCCGACGGAACCUAUCGCGACUCUGACAGCUCUCUUUCUGACGAUGAGACUAUCAAAAACGGCAUUACACGCGUAGAAGCUGAGAUAUACAAAGAAUUUUCAUUUCGAAAAAUCUGCAUUGAGGCAACCCGUCAUCAUCCUUGCAAAAUCCACCAUUUCAACUGGUUAGGACAUCCGGUUUACGAGUACAGCGCGACCCCUCCAGCAGUCUCAUUGAUGUACUUGGCUUCCCGGCCCAAGAUACCAUCGCCCUCUGAUGAGUGGCGCAUACACGCGAUUCUUGCCAGGGCUACCAAGUUCAUCGACCCGGUGAUCAUGGACCUUGACUCCCAGCGUGGAUGGAGUGACCUUGCUCUCAGAGGGUCGGACCUGGUUCGCGUUGUGACUGGCCGGGUGCACAAGUUUUACAGCCAACACGGCCACUGGACCGACGACCACCGGGAAGGGAAUGACAGGACCAUAGUUGAUAUCGGUAACUACUACAUCUACACAUCUCCGUGUUCUGCUUUCAGUAAUGGGUUCGUUCAGCUGAACACGUUCCGUUCGAGGACGCAAUGGGCGCAGGCAACGAGUGAUGGCUAUGGUGAGCUUUACUCUAGGCACAGGAAGCAGAUACGUUUCAGACGGCGCAAUAAACAAGGGAAGCCCUCACCUUUGAGAGCCUGCUGUGUCCCGAUUGAUCUCGACAGCCAAGAUCCCAUGUACAAUAGCGAUGACAAGGACAAUGUCGCGGGGCUUCCAGCCACUGAAGAAUCCUCGGCACCCGAUGAUGGUGUUCUGAAGGAGUCCAACUCUGCUUCCCGACCAAAGGUAAUUCAAGAGCAGGAUAGGAUGGGCAUUGACAUAUCGAAACCAGCUCCCGAGCUCGAGCAACCACCAUCAUUAAUUUCUACAUGCAGCGAGAGCUGUCCUCCUACCCACAAUCUAACUUCCCCACUAACUGAGAAUAUCGAUAGCAACAAACAGCAACGACUAAGUGCCAGUCAGACUAUCUACAAUGACCAGCCAAAGAAAGAUUCGACGUCAUCGUCCACGACAAGUCUGAUCAAUACAUUGAAGGAUGUGAAGAGGAGACACAAAUCCGCAGCAUGUCGAAUGAAGCAGGAGGUUCUCGAACCAUAUCAACACUUACGAAAUGCGGUCGGGCCAUUCAGGAAACGCAGGAGGCGACGGGAGGUGGAGCUUCAACCAGAAUGCUGGGUAAAGUCUGCUAGAGCCCGGGAGCUCUUAACUGAGCUGUCAAGGUUGGUAUCCACAUGUGGGUGUCGAGACAAGAUAACAGACUGCCGGAUGCGCCGGAAUGUUUCAUCCUGUGAAAUCCCGACUUGACAUACAUCACAACCGUCUUACUAGCUGAUAGACUAGUCUGCUACGUUUAAUUGUUCCGAGCUUGGUAUGGGUCUCUACAGGGUCCAGCGUCCGCAGCUUCCGUCCAGGCACUUGGGAUUGAGCUGGUUGAGCAGAGUGGAAUAUGCGCAUACAAGUGGGUAACUGGGACUCCCCUAUGCAACGUUCAACGGCGACAUACAUGCGCAGGGUGUCUUGUCUGGGAGACUAUAUGCGAUGGCCGAGAUACUAGGCGCCAGAAAAAAGGCAACUCGGUAGCUGUCAAGCCACCAUGUGCGAGCAC